AUGUGGAGGUGAGGAAAGGGUAAAGUGAAGGUUUAUUCUUGCUAUCUAAAAUGAAAGUCAAGUUUUUUCUUUUACAUGCAGGAGAUUUGUUGCACCAAAAUUUGGUAAUGUGUAGAUUUUAGAAACUAUAGAAGUUGUUUUGGAGUUCAAUGUAUGAGAAAUCUUUAAGUAUGAUCGAGCUAUACAACAUGUAGGAAGUGCUGGUGAUGUUUUGGAAGAUGAUCCUGUUGGAAGGCUGAAAGUUUUUGUCUAUGAACUUCCAAGAAAAUACAAUAAAAAUAUUCUGCAAAAGAACCCAAGAUGCCUCACCCACAUAAGUGUCUGUCCUUUUUUCCUUGUAACCCCAGCCGCUCAUCUGCUUUUGUUUAUUCAUUCUUGGUGGUCUCUCUUUGAUUUAUCAUUGGAGUUUUCCUUCGACAGAGACUUCUUUUACAUCUUUGGAGAGUAAUACAUCGUCAUCAACAGGGUCGCUCUCCCUUAUUUAAGAAAUGGAGCAUGAACCGAUUCUCGUAGAUGAGUUCCCCAUUUCUGACGACCCGGCUUCCGAGGGGACCCAAAUCCCCCCCGAGCUUGAAGCUGGAGGAAGCCGUACCCCUCCUCCCAGGAGUCGCGGUGACUUAAUUCCCCCAGAGGUGAUUGCGAGUGCUGCUGCCCAACGAGAGCUACCACUGUCAUUUGGCUUCGACUGCUCAAAUGGCUUAUAAUGUACUGCCCAAUUGGCUUUUAAUUUACUGUCCCUUUUCUAUUUAUCCUCUUUUGUGUGUCCUUUCUAACUUGUCUUUUGCAUACUUUUAUGAUGUGCGCCCACUCUACAACGCGGUGGGCGGCGGAGGAGAGGCCAUUGAAGGACGUUAUUUUGAGGCAUCGAGUAGAUCAAAUCGCUCAUCACAGGCUCCGAGAUGAGAGAAACGUCUUGGAGGAUGAGUUGCGGGAUGUGAAGGCGUCCUACGCUUCCUUGAUGGGUGAGAUGCAAGAAGCCCGCAUUCGUCUGGUUUCCUCCGAGCAGCGAUUGCAAGAGGUCCUCAUUGAGGUUUCUGCUUCGAGAGAGACUAUUGCAGAGCUGAGGGCAUCUAAGGAUGCUCUCCGUCUGGAGCUCCAAGCUGUUAAAGAGGAGCUCAAGAACUCUAAGGCAAAGCUGCAGGGAUUGAAGACUUCUUCUGGCGACUUAAAGGAUUUCUUCAGAGGGUCAGCUGCUUUGGAUGAGGUGGUCGGGGACAAGAUUUUCCUUGCCAUGUCCAACCUGUACUUCUUCAACCGCUCUAGAGGAAUGCAGGUGGACUUCAGCGCAGCCUUUCACCCCUUCACCGUGCCUGAUUUUGAUGAUGUAUUUCCUGCUAGGGCUUCUGCUGCCAACCGGGGAGAGUAUUUGGAUGCGGAGCCUGGGUUGGAUGUCAUUUGAGGACUGAUAUGAUAAAGUCGAGAGCACAAACAUGGAUAUGAUAAAGGCUUAAUGUUAUUAUCUAGUACCAGUUUAAACCUGUAGACGGACCCAAGGAACUCUCUCUCUUUGCCUUGACAUAAUUUUUAGGAAUGGAACUCUUUCCCCCCCCCCCUAAAUAUUAAAUUAAUUCCAAGUUUUGUUGAAAA